AUGAGACGCGAACUGCAAUUGUCAGAGUUAAUAACGGAAAAAAGAAUAGAAGGAAAUGAAAAAUUUACAAAUGGAAAAUAUAAUGAAAGUUUGUCACUUUACACUGACAGUAUAUUUUACGCCGAUAAUAAUAAUAAUAAUAAUUGUGAGGAGGCUCUUUCAUUGGUAUAUUCGAAUCGUUCACUCGUUUUACAAAAACUUGGACGUUUUAAUGAAAGCCUUCAAGAUAUUGAUUUAGCAUUGAGUUCAGGAUGUUCUAGUAAACAAUAUAAAAAAUUAAUUUUAAGAAAAGCCAAAUGUUUAAUACACUUGGGUGAUUAUAACAAAGCGAAAAUAAUUUUACAAAAAAAUUGUAAAGCAUCGCAAGCAGAAGUGGAUUUCUCGCAAGUGCCAAACGGUGUUGUUAAUAAUAAUAAUAAGUUAGAGCUACCAGUACCUGUAGGAGGUGUAAGCAAUACCUUUCCGUCAGCAUCAUCAUAUAUAAAUGUAUUUUAUAAUGAGACUUUGGGAAGACAUGUCAAAGCUCUACACGAUAUCGAAGUUGGAGAUGUUUUAUUUGUUGAAAAACCUUUUGCAUAUAUAUUAUUUCAUGAAGUUUGCCACAAUUGUGCCAAACAAACCAUAUCACCCAUACCAUGUGACAAAUGUUUAGAUGUUAUUUAUUGUUCUGUGGAGUGUAAAAAAAAAUUUGAAAAAUCGGUACAUUCGUUCGAAUGUGGCAAAGGAAAAUUUUUCAAAUCGAUCGGAAUUGCUCAUUUAAGCCUCAGAUUAAUAUUAGCAGCUUCAUCAAAUUACAAAGAAUUAAAAAAAUUAAUUUCAAGUUAUACAGAGACGAAAUAUUUCGAUGGCAUCGUUCCAUGUGAAAAUAAUUCAUACCAUAAUGUUUAUGGUUUGAUAACAAAUUUGGAAAAAUACGAAGGCAAACAUUUAUUUCAAUAUGCAUUGACUGCUUCAUUAUUAGCAUUGUAUUUAAAAACUCAUACUUCAUAUUUCUCAAAUGAAUCUAAUGAUGAUGAUGAUAAUAAUUUGGAAAUUGUCGCAUCAACUUUAUUUAAACACAUAUUACAACUUAUAUGCAACGGUCAUGCAAUCACUGAUGUAAUAACAGAUGAUUCCAACGAUUCAAAUGCUGUUGAUUUAAUUGAAAAAAGAAUAGGAACUGCUAUUUAUCCAUCAGCUAGCAUGAUGAAUCAUUCGUGUGAACCAUCCAUAAUUACCAGCUUUUCCAACAAUCAUUUAAUAGUAAGAGCUUCAAAACCAAUUAAAGCUGGUGAAGAAAUAUUUAAUUGUUAUGGACCACAUGCGAAAAGAAUGAAAAAGGAAGAAAGACAAGAGAUUUUGAGGAAGCAAUAUUUUUUUAAUUGUCAUUGCAUGGCAUGUCAUCAACAAUAUGAUAUUAUGGAAAGGUUUAUGGCUUACAUGUGUUUCGAAUGCAAAGGUCCCCUCAUUAUAAUAAAUGAUUCGAAUAAUGGAUACUGUUUAGAUUGCAAUAAAAAUUCAAUAAUAAGUCAAGAUGUUAUUCGAGAAUCAUUUAAGGAACAAGGGAAAAUAUUAGAUGCUUUAAAAAAAUUUUUAAAUUUUUUCAUCAUCGGUAGAAAAAUAUUAUAUAAAUUUAAUAAAGAUUUAUGUUAUUCAGCGGAUCAGGCUGCUUCGUGUUUUUCCAAAUUAGAAGAUUACGAUAAAUGUUUGGUAAUAUUAAAAUGUACAAUUUUAUCAGAGGAAAAACGUUUCGGAUCAUUUAGUAUUGAAUUGGGUUACGCAUUGAAAAAAAUCGGCGAUGCGUCGACGAAUUAUUGCAUUCAAAUCGAUCAAGCUACGAGAGAAGGUAUUGAAUAUUACGAAAGAGCCAAAGGAAUAAUACAAAUACUCAUGGGAAAUGAUAAUAAUGAUUUUAAAGAAAUUCAAAAUAAUAUUGAUUUUUUAAAAUCAUUCAUUAAAUGA